GGAAGAGGGGCUGCGCUCUUGCUGGGCAGCAGAGGGGCGACGGACCCAGCGCUAAGCAGAAGAGGGGCUACACCAGCCGCGGAGCACGCUCUGGCUCCUGGCUGCCGCCCCCCCGCUGCGCUGCAGCGUGUCCCGUCUUCCCCGCCCCGCCCCCAGGUCCCCUCAGCGACAGCUUCCCCCCUACUCCCGAUUUCCCGCCCCUUCCCCCCCCGCAUUGCCCAGCCCAGUUAGAACAGCGCUUGCGGUUGCGGCUUGGGCGCAAAGCCUUGCAGCCCCUUUCUCCACGCUCCACCUUUCCUUCUCCCGGCUGCAGACGCGUCCGGCCAGCUGCGCGGUUCAGCCCCAGAGGGCGGGGAUUUUGCCUCAGGCGGCAGCGACUGGGCUGGGGUUGGAGUCAAAGGGCGCAGGCUCCCUCCCGGGUGGACAGACGGCCGGAGGAGGGGGUGGCCGCUCAGCUCCCGGGACCACGCGAGGGCGUAGAGGAGGAGGAGAAGGAGGAAGGCUGCUAGGAGAACAGAGCGGUGACCGAGCCGGGGGCGGGGAAGGUACAACUGCGGAGGCCCGCAGAGCUCUAGCUCUGGAGUGAGAGGGCCCGGGGAGCCACGAACCACCCGAUCCAGGAGGGAAGAAGGUUCCUGCACCUGAUUUGAGAUGAUGGGUCUAGGAAAUGGGCGUCGGGGGAUGAAGUCGCCACCUCUUCUGGUAGCGGCUUUGUUAGCCUGUGUUAUCGUCUUGGGUUUCAAUUACUGGAUUGCAAGUUCCCGAAGUGUGAACCUCCAGACUCAGAUCUUGGAGUUGGAAGGAAGAGUCCGAAGGGCAGCAGCAGAGAGAGGUGCGGUAGAGUUAAAAAAGAAUGAGUUCCAAGGAGAACUGGAAAAACAGCGGGAACAGCUGGACAGAAUCCAAUCCAGGCACAACUUUCAGAUGGAGAACGUCAAUAAGAUGUACCAGGAUGAAAAGGCACUUUUAGUAAAUAACAUCACCGAAAGUGAGAAACUCAUCAGGAGCCUGAAAGAACAUUUGCAGGACUUGCAGAAGAACUAUGGCAGACUCCAGCAGGACGUGUUUCAGUUUCAGAAGAACCAGACCAACCUGGAGAGGAAAUUCUCCUACGAUCUGAAUCAGUGCAUCAACCAGAUGAAAGAGUUGAAGGAACAGUGUGAGGAGAGGAUAGAAGAAGUCACGAAAAAAGGGAACGAAGCUACAGCAUCCAGAAACCUCAGUGAAAAAAAUGAUCCAAAGAGUCCACAAACUGCCAUCAAUCAGCCAGAGCCCAAGCAACAUGAAUUGGAGCCGAAGGAGGUCGGAGUACAGCAGGAUAAAGGAAAUACAGUUCCUGAAGGAUCCAUCUCUCCUUCUGAGAAGACCUCAAGUGUGAUGAAACAAGAAGAAAAAGGAGAGGAGACCAAUGACAUCUUGACUCCUAGUGAAGAGGAGGCUCAGAGGGAGAACCAGGGAGGUGAGCUUCUGCCUCCAGAGCCAGGCAGAGAGCAGAACUCUCGUGAAAAAGGCAAAGAAAACGAGAAUGUUGAACUCAGAGGAUCUGUCCAGACCCAGAAGGGGCCAGGUGGACUUCUGGUCAGCCAGGAAAAUCAUGAAGCUGAUGAGCCAGAGAGGGAGGAACUUAUCGUUAGGGAAGAUGAACAACAGGGUGAGCAGGAUGGUGCUAAAGAGGGAGUAAAUCCACCCAAACCGGGAACGAGCGAAGACUACAACGAUGAAAACGAAGCCGAGUCUGAAAGAGACAAACAGGCAGCUCUUGCAGGCAGUGAUAACAAUCUAAAUGAACCAGAUGCUGAAGAGCAGAACAAAGACAACACCAAUGAUAACGUAGUUGAAGAACGUGAAAAGAGGGAUCAAACAAAGUGAAUCCAGGGUUAAAGAGAGACCUCACAAUAGAUGAUCCCUGUGACAAUGGACCAUUCAUAAGUAUGAAGCAAUCUAAUGUGUGCACUGGGAGAUCAGUGUUGGAAAAUUUUAAUAUGUACACAAGAUGCCAAUAAUAGGGGGGAAAAUAGGAAUGUCAAAUAUUGAGACGAGACUUGGGUUUGUUUGGUUUUUCCCCUGGAAUCAGCUUCAAGGUUUCUAAAUGGGUAGAGAUUUUUAGAAAGGAAAAACUGACCACUUUUUUAUUAUUGGAGAAAUGGAUAUAACCCAUGAAAAGACUGUCCUUGAAAAAGCCCAGGAGUCAUAUUUCAAGUAUGAUUUUUAAUGUGGCAACAUGGCUCCAAUUAUUCUUAAAUGUUAUUAAAAACUGUCUGAUAAGAGUCCAGCUUCUGGCCAUUAAGAUUGAAGUCCACUCUAUUCUAGAGGACCCUCCGAGCUUGGUUUUUCCUUUUUCUGCUGUGGAGUCCAUUUCUCCUUUUGCUGCUCAGUGUGUCACUCUUAUAUCUGUUCUCAAGGUGAGCAGCACACAUACUGAAGACUGGAUAGCUGACUCUCCUGCUUUGAGACAGAUGCACUUCUUGGUAAUUCUGACAAUCAGAAUAGCCCUUAAAUACUGACUGUUAAUACACAAAACAUUACUAGCAACACUUUUAAGCAAGACUAAAUGGAAAGUUCUUGUUUUGGUUGUGUACAUUUUAUUUUUAAAAAAAAAUCAUCAUAUAACACUAUUUUUAAAUGAUUGUAACUUACUGAGUAUGUGUAUUUCCUUUCCAACUAGGGACUUCUCUAGUGGUAUUAUGAUUAAUCUAUAAACGCAACUGGAAUCUGAUUGUUAAUGUCACAUGGGCAUUUUUUGUAAGACAAGACACAAAGACGGAAAUGUAGAAUUAUUAUUAAAGUUACUUUGAUCUUGGAAGUGAAUCCAUGCCUACUUGGGCGAAAACAAAAUUAAUAGAGGAUGUACUGUGUUCUGGAUUUGGGAAAGUUUGGAGAGAAAGGAGAAAAUGAGAGGGUUUUUGUCCUACAUUUUACACAUUAGCUUGUAAGGGGAAAAAAUAACCUAUGUAACAAAGUUUCUUCUGAUCUGAAUAGUUAAAUGAUGUUUAUUUUUGGAAAUGAAUUCACCUUCCUUUGCUGUUUAAGAGUUAACAUGACUAUUUUGUUAAUAACACAGACUGUGAACAUAGGUAAUAGAUUUGAAGUCUGUGCUUAAUAUUUAAGGGAAAGAGGCAUCCAGCAAAACUGUGUAUGAAAUUACUCUUUGAAUGCAAAUUUCCAUAAUUUAGAAAUCUCUAAAAUAUUAUAUGGCAUAUAAUAAAUUAAGAAAAUAGUUUGCCUUUAAGCUGUAGUUAGAAAUGUAGUUUUAGAAUUGGAAGGGAGCCUUAGGGAUCAUCUCAUCCAUCUCCCUAAUUUUAAACACAAGCAAAUAGAAGUUCAUUGUGGUUAAAUAGCCUUUCCAGGGUCACAUGGGUCUAGAACAAAAACCCAGGUCUCAUGAAUUGUAAUCCAAUGUUUUCUUCAUUAUGCCACCCUGCACUGGUAUGGGUUAAUGACACAGACAGGUAAAGAUAAAGACAUUUUGCCUUUUCAUGCUACAGUGUCUUUCUUGUUUAGUUUUAUAUCUUCCUCCUUACUCAGUUACCAAAACUAACCAUUUCUUAAAACCAGGAACUUGCUGGAAAGCACUUCAACAAUUCCAUGGUUUCACUUACGACCUUAUUAGGCUGUUGUGACCAAAAACAGUAAUCACUUGGUAGCCAGCCUUGGGGUGAAGAGUACAUUUGGACUGUGCAAGCAAGGUUGGUCCUUAGAGAAUGACCGACUAUGGCUGGGUCCCUAUUCUUCAGCACAGCCUGUCAACUUGUGCCAUGCAGGCACUGCUUUUGAGGUUCACCUUCCUGCCAUGACAGAAAAAAAAAAAGCUACAGACAAUACAGUCAACUGGAGGGCAGAAAAAUGGACUUAUAAAAAAAUAAGGCCUUGCCCAAGCUCUUCUCUGUGGGUUUUGGUAACUUGCUGAUAGAAAUGACAUAAAAUCUCCCCUGCCUUUGAGGUACUGUCUACAUAGUCUCAUCCUGCAGUGAUACAUUCAGGAGUAGAAAAAUAAAAUCAGCCACUGUUGAUUCAUCCACUAAAAUCAUUUUGGUAGCCCAUGAAAGAAUCUGACCCACCAUCAGAAAGACAGGAUAUUUCACAUUUUUUGCCUUGGUGACGGUAAUGCUUCGGGCUGAGUCAUUCACAUUGAGUUCUGCGCCCUCUUGUGGCCACUGGCACAUACAAGCAGUAAGCAGGCUGUGGCUAAUAAUGUCAGACAGGCCUCCAAUCCAUGAUUUUAGUUUUAAUAGCACUGGGUGCUAACCAACUAAGGAAGGAAUAAUUAAAGUAGCCAGCAAACUACUUGUCCAAGCACCCUGUCAAUCAUAGAAAAUAAGGCUCCAUUACUAAAGUUUAAGGAACUCUGAUUUUCCCAAAAUCAGCCACAUUAGCCUCAAAUAAUACAGGUUUUAGGAAUUUAGUCACCUUAGUAUUGUCUUUUCACAAAAGAGAAUCUUAGGGUAGUUUCCCUUACAAUUUCAGUCAUGUGCUCCGACCCCUUAAGCAGCCUCUUUCCAAGAGAUACCAUUAGUGGUUUUAUUGUGUUAGGUGCGUGAAGCCUACGUACCUUCUCUGUAAGUAAUGACGGGGGUGGGAUGGGACAGAAUUAACCCUUUGAAGUAAAUCACCAGCUUACCACUGUUAGAAAUUUUGAAGGAAGGAUAGCUUAGUGUUAUGGUUUGGUUUUUUGUAAUGGUUGUUCUCUCAACCUGUUGUAAUUGCUUUUUGUUAAACAUUUGCUUGUAGUAAAACCUGGAAUGAUGAAAUUAAACUGUGAAGAACUGUUUUAAAAUCAUGGGUCAUUUAGGGUAGGUUAGAUCCAUUCCUACAGCUCUGUAUUUGGCUUAGAUUAGUUUCUAUUAUGAAAUAAUGAAGGGGAUAAUGUUUACUGAACUUGGAAAAACUUGUCUAACAUUUUUGUUUUAAAUGUUUGCUUUGAAAUUGUUUAACUUUAGAAAAAUAUUUAAUACUUUAAAAUAAAAAUGAAUUCUGUUC